AUGCUCGCGAUGGAUCCUGUGGUCCAAUUACCCCCCAACGUGGAGCUCCCGCUACCGCCGGAAUUAGCAGUGCCGCCGCCGCCAGCGCUAUCGCCGCCGAUGCCAGUGCCGGCGCCGGUGUACCAGGAGCCGCCGCGGCCAAUGCCGCUACCGGCGCCGCCCAUACUCAUAUCUGAAACCACCCCUGAAACAUCUAUUGAAACAUCUACUGAUACCACUCCUGAAACUACUGAUGAAACCACUUUAACUCAGGAGGAAGAAGCAGCAGCGCUACGUCACUUCUUCGAUACGUUACUCCCCAUGCUUGAUAGCAACCCCGAGCUGCCGUGGCCUCAGUUAGCGUUGAAAUACUGUGACUUUGACCUUGCCCGGCUGUGCUUGAUGGCAUUGGCGGCCGUCCACAUGUAUGAGCUGGGAGCGUGUACGUACCAGUUUUACCGUAAGGGACUUGCAAACAUGGAUCGGGUGAUGCGGUGUUUGGUAACUACUAUUCACCGCCAAACCACCACCACUACAGGCGAAUCUGAAUCCGAAACUGAUGAUGAAACACUGAAGGCGCUGGUGAUGCUGUUCGUCAUCCUUGUGCUUAUCCACGUCCACGUGAUCUUCGCCUGUAUGGAAACAGGUCAACUGGCGCUCUCCCGCUACUUGUUUCAAGUGUUUGGCGUUAUCUGCGACUCGCCCCAGUUCCGGGCGCAGGUGGCGCAGGACCCGCGCAAAGUGGCGAUGAUGGGCUACUUACUGGUAUACGAUACCGUAGCGCUGGUGGUGUCACCCGAUGCGCGCGUCCCUUAUUGCCACCCUCAGUGGUUUGGCGAUAUCAAUACUGACCUCUCCACGUUGUCGUUGAUGGGGUGUCCCGGUGAGGUGUGGCGGUGCAUCCACCGCAUUUGCCACUUGCGUCACGCCACCCGCGCCGGCGCCAGCGGCGCCAGCGCCGUCGAUAUCAGCGCCGAGGUGGCGCCGCUCCAUCACCAGCUCCUCCAGUACCGCGACUACGUGCCGCCGGGGCGCGACCACGGCGUCGCCGUCAGCGCCGCCCGCUGCUGGCUGCUUGCGGGUUUGGCGGCGCUCGCGCGGGUGGCGCAGCACCUGGCGAGCGCCUACGUCGACGAGUUUAUUAUGGUGUACGGGCUGCUUGACGGCACCAGUCGUGUCGUUACCCAGAUGGUGUGGCCGAUCCACGUGAUGUGUGUUUCAAGUGUCACCGAACACCAACGACAGCUGAUGAUGGCGUUCUUACGGUUUCAACGCCAAUUCACUCAGAUGAAACAGUACACGUUGAUGCAGCUGAUUGUUUCAGAAGUGUGGGCCACGGGAGCCGACGUCGACGUGGUGACGGCGAAAUUCGUGCCUCCGGGGCAUGAUUAUUUGUGCAUUUAA